CCUCACUUCCCAACCCAAAACCUUCCCCCCCUCCUCUCUCUCUCUCUCUCUCUCUCUCUCUCUCUUUCUUGUUUGAUUUGCUUUUCCAUCCCCAACCCCAGCACAACCUUCUCUCACCAAACCCUCUCAGCCCUACAAUGCCAUCAUUCUGAAACCCACUUCUCUGUUUGCUUCCUCUGUUUGUUACAAACACCUUGAUCAUCUUUCCCUUUUCUCUUUCAUCUAGAACCUUAAAUUCUCUCCCAUUUCCACUUCAUUCCUCUGAAUUCUCAUCUGGGUCUCAUUUUUUUUUAACCUCAAAUCCAUAAACCAUAUUUGGUCCAUUUCAUCUACCUCUUGGUCCUAAGUUGUUCCAUGGACAAAGAGUACUUUCUCAAUGCUGUUAUUCCACCGACAUGGAAAUCUAUGUCUUCAUUCCCGGAACUGAAUUGCUUGCCCGAACAAUCUUCGGAUUGCUUCCUUAAUUGCGACAAGUCAACGGAACAGUACGGUAGCUUUGAGUCAGCCAUGAGUUCAAUGGUCUCAUCGCCAGUGGCUUCCAAUUCGGCCAUGUCCAACGACGUUUUCGCAAUUCGAGAGCUGAUUGGAAAACUGGGUAACAUUUGCAACUCCACCACCCAAAUCUCUCACAAUUCGUGUUAUACUACGCCUUUGAAUUCGCCUCCCAAAUUACAUUUGCCUCCAAAAUUGGCUAACUCAAUGCCUAUGAAUCACAAUCUGCCAUCACUUUCUGCCGAUCCUGGGUUCGCCGAGAGGGCAGCGAAGUUUUCCUGCUUCGGAAGUCGGAGUUUCAAUGGAAGAACGAACCAAUUGGGUUUGAACAAUGGUGAAUUGCCAUACAGAUUGAGUCCAUUGAUGGCAAGUGUGAAGUUGCCGAGAGUUUCGAGUAGUCCUUCUAUCAAGGCAGCUGUAUCGCCGAUGGGUGCUCAAGAAAACAAGAAUUCAACACAAACCCAAAUGGAAAUGAGGUCGUCAAUUGGCUCAGACACAAAAUUCAGAAAAGUUCUGGAGUCUGCUACCUUGGAUCGAACUGAAUUUGCAAGUUCUAAUGAGGGUUCCUCUGUUUCUGAGCAAAUCCCAUAUGGCGAAACGGUGUUGAAAAAUCCAAUUUCUUCUAAUUCCAGGAAAAGAAAAGCAGGUUCGAGGGGAAAAUCCAAUUCUGUCGAUGCCACAAAGGUAACAGAGGCAGAGGAUGACCCGAACACCAAGCGAUUCAAAUCCAAUGAAGGCAGUGGGAGCGCAAAUGAUACUGUUAAAACAGGGGAUGAGGAUGAGAAACAAACAAAGGCUAACCAGAAGCCUCCCGAGCCCCCAAAGGACUACAUUCAUGUAAGAGCAAGAAGGGGUCAAGCUACUGAUAGCCAUAGCCUUGCUGAAAGAGUUCGAAGGGAGAAGAUCAGCGAAAGAAUGAAGCUUCUCCAAGACCUCGUGCCAGGUUGUAAUAAGGUGAAUGGAAAAGCACUUAUGCUUGAUGAAAUUAUAAACUAUGUGCAGUCACUGCAACGACAAGUUGAGUUUCUGUCAAUGAAGUUAGCUUCUGUGAAUCCAAGGUUGGAAUUUAACAUGGAUAGUCUCUUGUCAAAAGAUGUAUUUCAGCCUAAUGGCUCUUUCCCUCAUCAAACAUACCCAUUAGAUUCCUCUGCUUCUGCUUUCUUUGGACAACAGACCCAGGAAUUUCCACUAGUACAUACCAAUCUUUCCAGUGGGAACCAUACAAGCACCAAAUUAUGCCAAAACAUCGGCAUGCAAUUACCUCCAGUCGAUGAAUUUGGCCAAGGUCUUCCACAGUUUCCAACAUUAUGUGAAGAUGAUCUGCAAAGCAUUGUUCAGAUGGGGUUUGGUAAGAACCCAAACCACAAUACAGGACUUGAAUCAUCUCACAUGAAAAUUGAACUGUGAUCACCAUUGAUUUGUCCUCAACUCAAGGCCCAGAGGCUGCUGUAUAUAGAAAGAGAUAUUCACUCUGAGGUGUGUGCUUGGGAUGCAGUGCUAAUCCAUCUUUGAGUCCUAAUCAGAGAUCAUUUUCAUUUUUUGUCAGUAAUUUGGCCUUCUAAUCAAGGGCGGCCCUUGUUGCAUUGGUAAGGUUGACUUGCUGUAUACGAAUGUGAGGAUAUGACUAUAUACAUUUGAUCAUUUCCGAAUCUCCCAAUGACAAAGCCUCGGACUGCCCUUUAUUAGGUCUUCUAAUUUUUAAAUUUUGGGUUGGUUUGUUAUCUAUUAUAGUAGAAUCCAUUGUAAAAUCCUAAAACCAAGUCUGUAUAAAAUCCUAAAACCAAGUCUGUAUUAUGGGUAUUAUGGUGCAAAGUACUGUAGCACCACCAUUGUAAGAUACAUGUAUUUGCAACAAGUAGGAGAAUGAAUGAGAAGAUGAAAUUUCCACAAGCUUUCAUUUUCCAA